GAUAUUGAUAAAGUAAAAGUAGUCACAUGAUCACAUGAGGCGGUGUCAAAAUGGCGACUAAGUCGCCAGAUUGGGAAUUUGACAAAUUUGAUGAUGGAUCGCUAAAAAUAGUUGGUGAACUUCAGUUAAAAAAAUAUGGUAGUUUCCUGGAAGAUUAUGCAUCACAGUUAAAAGACAUUGAAGAUGCAUUGGAUGAUUCUAUUGGGGAUUCCUGGGAUAUGACCCUUGACCCCAUAGCGUUACAGCUUCUCCCUUAUGAACAGACCAAUUUAUUAAAGUUAAUUAAGACCGACAAUAAGAUAUUGAAUAAGAUUAUUACUGUAUUAGCAGCACUUUGUUGUGAAUUGCAAACAUUAAAAUAUGAAGCAGAAAAUAAAUUUUAUAAUGCCUUGUUAUUCUAUGGUGAAGGAGAACUAGAACAAGGGUUAGAAGAUGGAGAUGCUCAAGUACAGAUGGGUAGAAUGAUACCUUUAUUUCAGGAAUUGUCUUGUUUUGUAUCGAGAUCAUAUGAUGUCAUCAGAAAUGUUUGUCAACAACUGUCGUCAUUACACAACGCAUAUAGAAAUGGACCUAAACUGAUUGAUGUUACUGAUGUACAUUUUACACCAGUAUAUUCUCAUAUAGCUGAUUUGCUGGGUGUAUUGAUUACAUUAGACAACAUUAUUUCUUCUCAAUCUUUUCUACGUGAUCAUUGGAUGUUAUAUAAAAGAAUGGUGAAAUCGGUACGACAUGAUCCAGGAAAGUUUAGUGUUGCUGAAGAAAAAUUACGUCCUUUUGAGAAAUUAUUAAUGUCACUUGAAGGAAAAUUAUUAGAUGGAAUGAUUUAUCAGAAUUGUGUUGAACAGCAGUUUGAUAAUAACAAUGUUAAUUGUACUAAAAACCCACUAUUAGCUGAAGAAUUUGCUGUCAAUAUUCGUGAUAUUUUGAUAGAAUUAGAAGGAAGAAUUGGUGAGUAA